AUGAAUAAAUUGAUCGUUCCCUUCUCUGAAAAUCUUACUUCUAUCAAUGGAGGAGUCGUUUCUUCAUUUAUAUCUCUUAUACAAAACCCUAUCUCUCUCCGUUUUCUUUCAACAUCUACAGCAACCCCAAUUACGUCAACGUCUGUUCUUUCAUCAUCAUCGGAAGAAGUUUUUGAUAUGACUUCACACAUAAUCCAAGAAAAAGAUCUUCUGAGGAAAUCCCCAAACGGUGGGUUACGUGUGCUGGACCUGAUUGAUCACGGGUUUUUAGAACCAGACGCUAAAUUAUACAGCCAAAUGCUUAACAAGUGUACCCAAUUGGGAAAGGUUAAGGAAGGAAAAAUGGUGCAUACACAUUUUAUGACCUCAAAGUUUAGCCAUUAUCUGGUGAUUCAAAAUACAGUCGUAAACAUGUACGCGAAAUGCGACUGUUUGGAUGAUGCACGCGAGGUGUUUGAUAAAAUGCCUGUGAAAGAUAUGGUGACUUGGACUGCUAUAAUUACUGGGUACUCUCAGAACGAUAAACCAGAAGAGGCGCUUAUUUUGUUUCCACAAAUGCUUAGACUCAAUUUAAAGCCAAACCAUUUCACAUUCUCCAGUCUUUUGAAGGCUGCUGGAGCUAGAGGCAAUGAAAGAGAAGGAGAACAGAUUCAUGGAUACUGUUUAAAAUACGGGUACGACUCAAAUGUCUAUGUGGGUAGUGCACUUGUAGACAUGUAUUGUAGGUAUGAAAGAAUGUCAGAAGCACAUUUUGUUUUCAAUCAGUUAGAGGACAAAAAUGAAGUUUCUUGGAACUCUCUAAUUGCUGCACAUUCCAGAAAAAAUGAAGGAGAUAAAGCCCUUUUACUCUUUCAAAAGAUGCAAAUGGAUAAUUAUAACCCGACCCAUUUCACUUAUUCAAGUCUUUUAAGUGUUUGUGCAAGCACCGGGUCACUAGAGCAAGGAAAAUGGAUCCACGCCCACAUGGUCAAAUCCGGUCAAAAGCUCAUAGCUUUCAUUGGCAACACCCUUGUUGACAUGUAUGCAAAAUCAGGUAGCUUUGAUGAUGCUAUAAAAGUCUUCAACAGGUUAACAAAACCAGAUGUUGUUUCAUGGAAUUCCAUCCUUACUGCAUAUGCACAACAUGGGUUAGGUGUAAAAACUUUACAACAUUUUGAAAAAAUGAUCAAAACCGGAAUCCAACCGAAUUCAGUAACUUUUUUAUGUGUUCUAACUGCUUGUAGCCAUGGUGGACUGUUAGAAAAAGGAGAAUUUUAUUUCAAAAUGAUGAAGGAAUACAAUAUAGAGCCUGAAGUCUCGCAUUAUGUGACAAUGGUUGAUUUACUUGGUAGAGCAGGUAAACUUGAUGUUGCUUUGAGUUUUAUUACGAAAAUGCCCUUUGAACCCAAUACAGCUGUGUGGGGAGCUUUACUUGGUGCUUGUAGGAUGCAUAAGAACAUGGAAUUAGGCGCUUAUGCUGCUGAACGGGUUUUUGAACUCGACCCGUUUGACUCGGGUCCCCAUAUUUUAUUAUAUAAUAUAUACGCGAGUGGUGGUAAAUGGAACGAGGCUUCAAAAGUUAGAAAGUAUAUGAAAGAAAUUGGUGUAAAAAAGGAGCCUGCUUGUAGUUGGGUGGAGAUUGAGAACUGUGUGCAUAUGUUUGUGGCAAAUGACCAAACUCACCCUGAGAAAAACAAGAUUUACAAAAAGUGGGAGGAGAUGAGUGAGAGGAUCAAGGAGAUUGGGUAUGUUCCGGAUACAAGUCAUGUUCUUUUGUUUGUUGAUGAGCAAGAAAGGGAAGCGAAACUACAAUGUCAUAGUGAGAAACUUGCUUUGGCGUUUGCAAUUACGAAAUUGCCCCCGGGGUCAACCAUUAGGAUCAAGAAGAAUAUUAGAGUGUGUGGUGAUUGUCAUUCGGCUUUUAAGUUUGUUUCUUUGGUGGUUGGGAGAGAGAUUGUUUUAAGAGACAAGAAUCGGUUUCAUCAUUUCAAUGGUGGAUCUUGUUCUUGUGGUGAUUAUUGGUAA